UCGAAGGGGCGGGGAGUGCGGAGGGAGCCGCCGCCGAGGCCAGGGCCGGGCGGCCUUGCAGCGCCCCACAGCGGCCGCGGCCGGAAGCGCCCUCGUCGGCCCUGCGGCGCCGGAGCCCUGACGCACGGAGCUCGAGAGCGAGAACGAGAGAGAAAGGGGCAGACAUGGCGGCUCCGCUCGGCUCCCGCUGAGGAGGGCGACGCCGGCGGCGGGGCUGCGCUGUCGGCCGGGAGCCCGGCUCCCGCCUCCCGCCUCCCGCCUCCCGCGUCCCGCGUCCCGCUGCGUGCCUUCUCGCGCCGCGUCCCCUUCCUCCGCCCGCCGCUCGCCUGUCUCGGCGUGCGCGCCGCAGGGUCCGGGUCGGCUCGGCUCGGCUCGGCUCGCCCGGCCCGGCUCCGCUGGCCCUGCCUGCCCGGCCGGCGCGCCGACCUCCCUCGGCUCUCGCGGGCGCGGCGGGCGCGGCGGGCGCGGCGGGGACCCGGCCUCCCGGCCGGACCAUGGUGAACACCCGGAAGAGCUCUCUGCGCCUCCUCGGCUCCAAGGCGCCUGGGCCCGGGCCUGGGCCCGGGGCCGGAGCAGAGCCUGGGGCGCCCGGAGGCAGCAGCCAUUUCAUCUCGUCUCGGACCCGCUCGUCCAAGACCCGCGCUGCCAGCUGCCCGGCCGCCAAGGCCGGGGGCGGCGGGGGUGCCGGCGUCGCCGCGGAGGAGGCCCGGAAAGCUGAAGUUGACGGUAGUUUAAGUGAUAGCCAUGUGUCUCCUCCUGCCAAACGCACUUUGAAGCAGCCUGACUCUGUUUGCAAAGACAAAUCAAAAUCAAGAAGUACUGGCCAGCGAGAGGAAUGGAACAUAUCAACUGGACAGGCUAGGUUAACUUCUCAGCCUGGUGCUACAUUACCAAACGGACAUAGUAGCUUAUCUCUUCGAAGCCAUCCCCUUCGAGGGGAGAAGAAGGGAGAUGGAGAUCUUUCCUGUAUGAAUGGUGAUAUUGAAGUCAGAAAAAGCUGUCGUUCCAGAAAAAACAGAUUUGAAAGCGUGAACCAGAGUUUGCUGUUUGAUCAGUUAGUUAACAGUACUGCUGAAGCUGUGCUGCAGGAAAUGGACAACAUUAACAUCAGACGUAAUCGGAGAUCAGGAGAAGUCGAAAGACUUCGGAUGUGGACAGAUACGGAAUUUGAAAACAUGGACAUGUAUUCAAGAGUGAAAAGGCGAAGAAAGUCGCUGAGAAGAAAUAGUUACGGCAUACAGAAUCAUCACGAAGUUUCUACCGAGGGUGAAGAAGAAGAAUCUCAAGAAGAGGACGGAGAUAUAGAAGUUGAAGAAGCAGAAGGAGAAGAAAAUGAUAGGCCCUAUAAUUUGAGACAAAGGAAAACAGUGGAGCGAUACCAGGCACCUCCAAUAGUACCAGCUCAUCAAAAAAAGAGGGAAAACACACUGUUUGAUAUUCACAGAUCUCCAGCAAGAAGAAGUCAUAUCAGGAGAAAGAAACAUGCUAUCCAUAGUAGUGACACAACUUCUUCUGAUGAAGAGCGCUUUGAAAGGAGAAAAUCGAAGAGCAUGGCAAGAGCAAGAAACAGAUGUUUACCUAUGAACCUAAGAGGAGAAGAUUUAGCUAGUGGUAUUCUGCGAGAACGAGUAAAAGUGGGUGCAAGCUUGGCUGAUGUUGACCCAAUGAACAUUGAUAAAUCAGUGCGGUUUGACAGCAUAGGUGGGUUGAGUCAUCAUAUUCAUGCACUAAAGGAAAUGGUAGUAUUCCCACUUUUAUAUCCAGAAAUUUUUGAAAAAUUUAAAAUUCAGCCUCCUAGAGGCUGUUUGUUCUGCGGCCCCCCAGGCACAGGUAAAACCUUGGUUGCCAGAGCAUUAGCGAAUGAGUGCAGUCAAGGAGACAAAAAAGUCGCUUUUUUUAUGCGCAAAGGAGCAGACUGUUUGAGCAAGUGGGUUGGUGAAUCUGAGCGACAGCUCAGACUGCUUUUUGACCAGGCAUAUUUAAUGAGACCUUCCAUAAUAUUUUUUGAUGAAAUAGAUGGACUGGCUCCAGUUCGCUCUAGCAGACAGGAUCAGAUCCACAGUUCUAUAGUGUCAACACUUCUUGCUCUUAUGGAUGGAUUAGACAACAGGGGCGAAAUUGUUGUUAUUGGUGCUACAAAUAGACUUGAUUCUAUAGAUCCUGCACUCAGGAGACCCGGUCGUUUCGACAGAGAAUUCCUCUUCAAUCUGCCUGAUCAAAAGGCAAGAAAACACAUUUUACAGAUCCACACCAGGGAUUGGAAUCCAAAAUUGUCUGAUGAUUUUUUAGGUGAAUUGGCUGAGAAAUGUGUUGGCUAUUGUGGAGCUGACAUCAAGGCCCUGUGCACUGAAGCUGCCCUUAUUGCUCUGCGGAGGCGUUAUCCUCAGAUCUAUGCUAGCAGCCACAAACUGCAGCUAGAUGUUUCAUCAAUAGUGCUCAACGCCCAGGAUUUUUACCGUGCGAUGCAGAAUAUAGUGCCUGCUUCCCAGCGUGCUGUUAUGUCUUCGGGACACGCACUAUCUCCCAUCAUAAGGCCUCUGCUGGAAAGAAGUUUCAACAACAUUCUAGCAGUCCUACAGAAAGUAUUUCCUCAUGCUGAAAUCAGCCAGAGUGACAAGAAGGAAGAUAUAGAAACUCUAAUUUUAGAUGAUAGUGAAGAUGAAAAUGCUUUAUCAAUUUUUGAGACCAGUUGUCACUCAGGAUCGCCAAAGAAACAGUCAUCAGCUGCUGCUGUACAUAAAACCUAUCUGCAUUUUACAAUGUCACCAUAUCAUCAGCCAACCUCUUACAGGCCAAGGCUAUUGCUCUCUGGAGAACGAGGCUCAGGUCAGACUUCUCACCUCGCUCCAGCACUUUUGCACACUCUAGAGAAGUUCUCUGUGCAUCGGCUCGAUCUCCCAGCACUUUAUUCAGUUAGUGCCAAAACACCUGAAGAAUCGUGUGCACAGGUUUUCCGUGAAGCUCGAAGAACAGUACCAAGUAUUGUUUACAUGCCUCACAUUGGUGAUUGGUGGGAAGCUGUCGGCGAAACUGUGAGAGCAACUUUUCUGACACUGCUACAAGACAUCCCAUCCUUUUCCCCUAUAUUUUUACUGUCUACCUCCGAAACCAUGUACAGCGAACUGCCUGAAGAGGUUAAAUGUAUCUUCAGAAUCCAGUAUGAAGAAGUCUUGUAUAUUCAGAGGCCUAUUGAAGAAGAUAGAAGAAAAUUCUUCCAAGAAUUGAUCCUCCAUCAGGCGUCAAUGGCUCCACCACGAAGGAAACACCCUGGUCUUUGUGCUAUGGAAGUGCUUCCUCUUGCACUACCAUCUCCACCUCGUCAAUUAUCAGAAUCCGAAAAGAAUCGAAUGGAGGACCAGGAGGAAAAUACUUUAAGAGAGUUGCGGUUGUUUCUCAGGGAUGUAACCAAGAGGCUGGCCACAGAUAAACGCUUUAACAUCUUCAGCAAACCGGUGGAUAUUGAAGAGGUUUCAGAUUAUCUUGAGGUAAUCAAGGAACCUAUGGACUUAUCAACAGUAAUAACGAAAAUCGAUAAGCAUAAUUACCUGACUGCUAAGGAUUUCCUGAGAGAUAUUGACCUCAUCUGUAGCAAUGCUUUAGAGUAUAAUCCAGAUAAGGACCCAGGAGAUAAAAUCAUUAGGCACCGGGCUUGUACCCUGAAGGAUACUGCACAUGCCAUCAUAGCAGCUGAAUUGGAUCCAGAAUUCAAUAAACUUUGUGAAGAAAUUAAGGAAGCAAGGAUCAAAAGAGGCUUAUCAGCAACAACAGAACAAAUAAAUCCUCAUGGUCCCGGAGCUCGAAAGACAGAAACUAGAGUUGAAGAGGCAUUUCGGCACAAACAAAGAAAUCCAGUGGCUGUCUGGCACAACUCUGCAAAUAAGUGUGCAUUUCGAGUUCGGAGAAAAUCCAGGCGGCGAUCACAAUGGGGUAAAGGAAUUAUAAAGAAAAGGAAAGUCAACAAUUUAAAAAAAGACGAAGAGGACACCAAAUUUGUAGACUAUGAGAACCAUACGGAGGAUAGGAAGUCGCUGGAGAAUGGAGAGUUUGAGGUGAGCACUGACUGUCAUGAGGAAAAUGGAGAAGAGACUGGGGACUUGUCUAUGACUAAUGACGAGUCGUCGUGUGACAUCAUGGACAUGGACCAGGGCCAGAGGCUUAACAACGGAGCCAGCACAAAAGAGAACUUUGCAUCUACUGAAGAGGAAAGUUCCAAUGAGUCUCUGCUUGUCAACAGCAGCAGUUCUCUCAAUCCAGGGCAAACAUCUCAGAAAGAGCCUUUCCUUAAAGGAAGCUGUCUCAACGGCGAGGCCUCCACUGACAGUUUUGAGGGAACGCCAGUUGGGCGGUGUCAGAAUGGCAAAGCUGAAGUAGCUUCUCUCUGUGGUAGUGGAGACAAGUGCAGUUCUGAACAGAAGAUUCUUCCAGGGGACCACUCUAAAGAAAACCCGGAAACUUCAGGUGAAGCUCCUGGCCAUGAUCCCGAGAAAGCAGAGCCACUGGAAUGCAGCAGUGCUGAGAAGCUGGAGCCCGGCCCUGAUGUGGAGGUCAGAGAUGCAGAACUGGAGAAAGAAGGUGCUUCUAAAGUAAAGAAAUAUCGUAAAUUAAUUUUAGAGCAGACAAAAACAACAAGCCUGGAACUGGUUCCAGAAGAGCCGUGUGAGCCUGUGCCACCUCUUGUCGUCGAUCGUGAGAGGUUGAAGAAAUUGCUCGAUGUGUUGGUACAUAAAAGCAGCAACCUGGCAGUUGACCAGCUUGAGAGACUAUAUUCUCUCCUUAGUCAGUGUAUCUAUCGUCAUCGUAAAGAUUAUGACAAAUCGCAACUCGUAGAGGAGAUGGAACGAACAGUUGAUAUGUUUGAGACAUUCCUAUGAACUGAUCAAGAUGAGUGGGUUAUCCUCUCCAACCUGCUCCUGACAGAGCAGCCUUCUGAGCCAUUCGAUUUGAAUCGCACCAAUUAUGCGCAGAGCCUUGGUGUAUAGUGCUCCCUCACUCAUUCUAUCUCUCUGUUCAACUUGGUGCUAUUGUCUCAGGUACCUGAAACCAACCAGCCUACAAGAACCAAACAAAACUUCAGAAACAUGUAUUUCCCACAGUGAAAAGUACAACCCCACAGACUGGAGCUCUUGGUGCUACAGAAACUGCUCUCACCUCUGCUCCUCUUUUCACACAGUCUUCUGGAGACUUCUCUCUUAGGAGCAGACCAGCAAACACGAGGAAACUGGAUGGGGCAGUUCUAACUGUAUUGAAUUGUUUAAACAGUGGGCAACCUGUUGUCACCAUUUUCCCCUUCUUUCUACUCCCGCUAUCAUAUUUGUUUGUUUAUCUGGUGCCCCUCCCUGUUAGUGGACUGAAGCCUGGUUUAGAAUUGACUAUGGUAUAUUCUGGUGGGAAAAUGAAGAGAUUGGAUGGAAUUAGAUCAGGCUCUCUAGAACUGCCUUUAAUGUGCCUUUUUAUUCAUUUGAGAGAGAUAAGGCUAAACAACAACAACAAAAAAAUGUUUAUUUGUAGCAACUGAACCAGAAUGUUUUCUUUAGUCACAACCUUAAAAUAAGUCAUGAUAAUCUUGUGUCAUUAAGAGGCAACCAGUGUUUUGGUAUAAAAUGCCUGUCUUGUUUUCAAAACUGAAUCAAGAAACUUAUUAAGCCACAUACUAAAAUGGUAAGUUUUCUUGUAUGGUCUGUUUCUGUUUAAGAAACACGUAAAACAACUGCAAAAAAAAAAAAAAUCACACACAGUCCACCAAAUAACCUACACACUUCGGUAUUGCUGACAGUGACGAUCGGAAAAUAAACGGCAGCCUUUCUUUCUUCAGUCAGUGGCAAUCGGAUAGUUGUUUGUGUUUGAUUUCCCAUAAGAGAGUGAUUUUCAUGUGUAGUCAGUUGUUGCUGUUUUGUUAUAAAGCCAGGACUUGCCAAAUGGACAGAAAAGAGAGGAAUUUGUCAAAAACUCCAUCAUAAAAUUCAUCCACAUGCAAGUGAGCUCUGGUACAGACCCUGAAUAACAGUAUUAAUGUUGAAACUCCAUCACCGCAAGCUUACCUUCACAACUAUCCAUUUUGAUUGGGGCCCGUUUUGGAUCUUGUAGAGUGAUUUCUGUGAAUUGUACUUAUCUGAAAUUAAUUAUGGUUACUAGUUUUACAAAACCUUUAUACAAAUUUGGAGACACAGUCUAGGCAGUUGCAAGAAAAGAGGCAAAUGCAGUGCAGCGCUAUUUUUUAUCAGAUGAUUUUUAAACAAAGUAGAGAAUUUUGACAAGUUGGCUUGCUAUCUUCAUUAUAGAUGCAGGUGUGUCUUUCCAGUAUAUGCAACACGUAGAGUUUGGGUUUUAAUUAGAACAAAUGGUCUUGGACUACUGCAGAGAUACCGAGCUACCUCAGCUUUUUGUGUUUUAGUUCCCAACAGUGCUCACAGAGUCCUGUAAUCACCUUGUCACCGUUUACAUGCUGAAGCUAAGGUACUUGUCUCCUUGUCUCUGGCUGUUUGUAGCGUGUCGGAUCCAGCAGGGAAAGCACACUGGCCGUGGUUGGCCACUGCAGUAACCCCAAGUGCUUCUUGCAUCCACAUGACCAUUUUACGCCUUCUGCUUCUAGCUUACUGUUUAAAAAUGCCACUCGCUUUCUUUAUACUUACUCUAUAAAGUUUUCAUGAUGUCCAAGUCAGUCUUGGAGUCAAGAUGCUAACCGUGGAGACACACUAUUUUUCAGAUGGGCAAGUGCGAUUAACGAUGAACCAUUUUAAAGGGGAGGUGAUUUGAAACCUCUAAUUUGAUUAUUGGGAGGAUUUUCAUGCUUUCUUUAGUACCUCUUACCACCAUACCAGUUCAGACUAUUUUACUGUCUAACACAUUAGCAUUUUGUAUCUUGAUGGGAAUUGUUACAGAAUUUAAAGAUUUGAUGAAAUAAGAUGUAGCAGAUUUUUUGUAGCAAGUUUCUGGUAAAAGGGUUUUUUGCAAGUCUCAGGUUCUUGCUGCACUAUUUUUUUUUAAAUAUUUAUUCCAGUUACUCUAAUUCAGAAUCAUUCUGUUCAAGUAACAGCAGCACUUGUGAAAGGAAAAAAAAAAGAGUGCACGUGUUCUUCGUAGGUUACUAAAUUUGUACAAUUUAAUUAAGAUUUUAGCCAUCAGUGAGUCUGACAAGGGAAAUUUAUUUAUGUUCAGCAUUAAAAUGCUUCCAAAAGAUCAAGUAUUUUGAUUUUACCCUUCAUAGAGAUGGAGAGAGAGAGGGAGAGAGAGAGAGAGGGAGGGAGGCAACCUCAGUAUGAUAGGAGAUGCCACUUUGAACAGUCUAGGUCUUACAGAGAAAGCCAGUCCAGUGCCGAGGGGAGAAGAACGAGCUGAAACUGUACCAACUCCCCCAGCCCCCUUGACCCCAAGAGAAAACACACUCUACCAGUCUUGCUUACUCCACAGCUGUCUGGCGGUUCUCUCGUUUAAAGCAGCUUGUGAAAUCAUCCAAGUGGACUUGAUUUUGUUUACCUUUCUGUAAGUUCUUAACUUUUGCUGUAUAGCAUCGGCAAAGAAUAUGUACAAAUUGACCUCUGUUCUUAUUUCCUAUUGUGAGCAUUCUAAAUGACAAGCUCCUGUGUAAAACCUUGCUCUUAGAUCAGUCAGAUGUGUAUCACAGCACAGCCCGACGGUAGUCAGUGCUCAGCUAUGGGACCAUGGGAGCUUUCUGAAGAAGGAACCGCGUGUGCUAGGGUUGAAACUGAUGGCUGUGGAGUUCAUUGUGUUUUUUGAGCUUGAAUCUCACCUGUGAUUUUUUUUUUUCUUUUGUUUGUCUGUCUGUCUGUUUUAUGUUUUUUUCAUGACUUGAUUUCUCUCAUAUGCCAAUAUAUUUGUAGGUUUACUGAUUAUUACUUUUUUUUAAUUUUUGGACUGGGGCAGUAGAACAUUUUUCUUUUUUUAAAUUAAGUUGGUUCAGCUAUGGCGCUAUUUAGUAUCUUCAGUGUCAAGUCCCGUAGCUGAAUGCAUUGCCAUUGUAAUUAUUCUUCGUGAUCACAUUGGGAGCUUGAAUUUGAGCUUGUACCUGCAUCUUUUGUAUUGUCUACAUUCAGUUACUUAGACUUUGGGAGUCCUCUUUGGUUUCAGUCACACCUACUCUGUAGAUUAAGUAGAUUCAUCAACUCUGGUCUAUUUUGGGUUUGUAGUUUUAAUUUAGAAUUGUGUUAAAUUGAUGUUUUGCAUUUGACUUCAUUUUAGUUUAAAGUAAAUUAUUUAAUUUUUGAAUUCUGGAAUUUUGAACAUUUACUGUAAUUUGUAAUAUAACUGCUGUGAAAUACUUGAAUAAAGAUGACAAGAAAAAUGUG